AUGGGCCAGAUUAGGAAGGGCGGUACGAGGGUGGGACUUGGCGUUGGUGUUUUGGAACAUCAAAGAUGGACAGGGUUUUCGCGGAGGACGCUCCUCAGAUAUCUCCACAACUACAGAUCGGGGAUCUUCCAAAAUCGAGAAGAUUGGUGCAUAUGGCUAGGUCUCUUCACCUUACAAUUUGGUAUGCGGUCGGCGAUGGGGUCAAAAUGCUCGUAUGAUCGAGGGCUUUUCGAUGGAUCUAUCGGCGGGUUCUUAUUCGAAAAAUCGAGCGAGUUCAUGGUGGAGCGGUUGAGUGAAUCCUGUUGA